AUGGCUGAAAAGAUGAGGGUACAUGGGAGGUGCAUGGUGUGGGCAUGGUGUGGGCAUGGUGUGGGCAUGGUGUGGGCAUGGUGUGGGCAUGAGACAAUGGGGUGGGGUGAGGAGAGGCAGUAUGGCAGGUUUAGGGCCACCGACUCACCCCCGAUGCUGAACAGCAGCAACAGCACGCCACUCACCGCCGAUGCUGAACAGCAGGUGCGCGCACCCCAUGGCAGCCUGCACGAGCAGCAUGCAGAGCGGGCGUGGCGUGCACCAGCGUUUCAAACAGUGCUCCGACACGUAGCUGGGGCACUCCUGGUGCAUGCGGUGGGUGUUAUGGUUCAGGCACUCCUGGUGCAUGCGGUGGGUGUUAUGGUUCAGGCACUCCUGGUGGAUGCGGUGGGUGUUAUGGUUCAGGCACUCCUGGUGCAUGCGGUGGGUGUUAUGGUUCAGGCACUCCUGGUGCAUGCGGUGGGUGUUAUGGUUCAGGCACUCCUGGUGCAUGCGGUGGGUGUUAUGGUUCAGGCACUCCUGGUGCAUGCGGUGGGUGUUGUGGUUCAGGCACUCCUGGUGCAUGCGGUGGGUGUUAUGGUUCAGGCACUCCUGGUGCAUGCGGUGGGUGUUAUGGUUCAGGCACUCCUGGUGCAUGCGGUGGGUGUUAUGGUUCAGGCACUCCUGGUGCAUGCGGUGGGUGUUAUGGUUCAGGCACUCCUGGUGCAUGCGGUGGGUGUUAUGGUUCAGGCACUCCUGGUGCAUGCGGUGGGUGUUAUGGUUCAGGCACUCCUGGUGCAUGCGGUGGGUGUUAUGGUUCAGGCACUCCUGGUGCAUGCGGUGGGUGUUAUGGUUCAGGCACUCCUGGUGCAUGCGGUGGGUGUUAUGGUUCAGGCACUCCUGGUGCAUGCGGUGGGUGGGACGAAGGAGAACAGGCGACCAAAGAAUUACAAAUUCAUGCAGUGA